CCCUGCUCUGGUAAAGAGGCUGAAUGUCUGCGGGACAUACUCAACGUUUGUCUAUCCAUGUUCCUCGACUAACAACCAGCAGGGUUGGCACUUAGACUGGCCUUUUGCUCCCCGAAGGAGCUCUCUAUGAAAGAAAUCCAAAUUCAGAGCUACAGUCUGUUUACAGUUGCCACUUUUUACCAUUUGCUCCGUGUCCUUUUUUUGGUUAACGCACACCCUUUUUCGUGGAGAAACAGAAUCUCAUUUUAGUUGCUUAGUUAUUUUCUUUUAUUGACUUUUUUUUUAAUCCCUCCUUUGUUUAGAAGUUGCUUUUUUACCUUCUUUCACCAUGUGGGAGUUCAAGUCCAUGUCCUUCUGGCGGGCUGUGUUUGCCGAGUUCUAUGGUACGAUGUUCUUUGUGUUCUUCGGGCUGGGGGCGGCCCUCCGUUGGACCACGGGGCCCCACAACGUUCUCCAUGUGGCCUUCUGCUUCGGGCUGGCGGCCGCCACCCUCAUCCAGUCCAUCGGCCACAUCAGCGGGGGACACAUCAACCCAGCUGUUACCUUUGCCUACCUGAUCGGCUCUCAGAUGUCUCUGUUCCGCGCCUUCUUCUACAUCGUGGCCCAGUGUCUUGGAGCACUGGCCGGCGCUGCUGUGCUCUACGGGGUCACGCCCACCAACAUGAGAGGAAACCUGGCCCUUAACACGCUGCAGCCCGGCAUCAGCCUCGGCAUGGCCACCACCAUGGAGGUCUUCCUCACCCUGCAGCUCGUUGUCUGUGUCUUCGCUGUGACUGAUGAGAGGCGCAAUGGGCGCCUGGGCUCUGCCGCCCUGGCCAUUGGCUUCUCCGUGCUCGUGGGGCAUCUUCUCGGGAUGUACUACACUGGAGCCGGAAUGAACCCAGCCAGGUCUUUCGCCCCUGCCGUCCUGGUCAGGAAUUUCGUCAACCACUGGGUGUACUGGGUGGGUCCCAUGAUUGGUGGUGCCCUGGGUGCUCUGCUGUAUGACUUCAUGCUGUUCCCCCGUGUCCGCGGCCUCUCCGAGAGGCUCGCCACACUCAAGGGCAUCAGGCCAUCAGAGGCUGAGGGCCAGCAGGAGACCAGGGGGGAGCCCAUUGAGCUCAAGACACAGGCCCUAUAAGCCCGGACGAGAAGAUGACGCCCCCCCAUCCACCCCCCCCCCUCCCCUCAGUUAUCGGCUCAUCCUCAACCAACCCAGAACGUAUCUCCUCCUCGCAUCCACACUUACUAACACAGAUCCCAACCACCUUUGCUAUCCUGGGUCUGAAUCCAGAACCGGACCUACCAAAUUACAGAGAAGGGGAAACCGCGGCCUCCCCCACCAUUUUGCCUAAUUUUACCUCUACCCUAACCUUCCUCCUCCUCCUUCCCCUUGGACUGUGGGACGAAGAUGGAGGGUUAGCAGAAGACUUGCCCCUGAAGGCAGCACCCUGUGGCCUGCGCUGUGGGGAGUCAGCCCCUCCUGGCUGACCAGGUGGCUAUAACUGCUCAGGACAGGGGCCUCUCGCUAUCUUUCUUUCAAUUUCUCUCUUUUUCUAUUUUUCGCCUUAACUUGUAGUCCGCUAGGAGUGAAACUGCAGUAGAUUAGAGGACUUCUGCAUGCUUUUCCAUUUUGAUCCGGUGUGAUCAUCGCCCUUUGUUAAGUUUAGUAUAUUAAACUUUGGGUAAAAUCACAUGUCCGUAUUGUAUUUUACCAGUAUUUAUUUGGCUCAAAUUUUUUAGUUUAAUGUAUUUGUGUGGGACAGAGAGUGGGUGUGCAUGCAUGUAUCUGUGCAUGCGUAUGCUUGUUUUUAUCGAUCAAUUUUAUUUUUUCUGUUUUUAUUGCCACAAUCCUGUCUGUAUCAUUUAUUUUCAUUUUUACCAUACAAGCAUAUUUUAAGGAAAUAAGUGGCCUUUCCCACGCCCCCACUGGUACUGCAAAAGUUCAGCAGGAUCUACUUUUAGAGCAUCCCCUCUUUUAUAUCAUAGUUUAUGCCUUUGAGUCUUUCAGCCUAAUUCCUUCACACAUGGUGUCUCAUAUAGUGACGCACACACACGUUGAUAUUUAUAUUAAAAUAAACACAAAGGACAAAACUAUCUGGUCUUUUCUGAGCUCAGUCUUCAAGUUACGAUUACAAACACUUGAAGUGGUAUAUUUGCAGAACUUAUACCCAUUGCAUCAUAAGUGGAAAAUCUGCGGGUUUGUACCACAUUUAGACAACGUAGCUUAGAAAGUGAUUUUGUUUUGUACAUUUUAAAUGACUUUUCUGACAUUAGCUUUGCUUUUAGGGCAGCGCUUAUCACAGAUUUGAUGUACAGGCGUGUGAUAGUUGGGUUGCUUUUAGUUUUGCGUGUCUGCCAUGGAAAAACACGGAAUGCAAGCCUGACAAGCUGUCACAAGUGUUUUAUAGUUGAAUCGUGUUGUUUGACGCGACUGGAGGGUCUCAUCAACUCAUGUUUAGAAAUGAAAGUGCAUGAGGUGUGGUGGCUUGUUGCUGGUGGCUUCUCUUUUAUGUGCUGAGCUGGAUGGCUCUUUGAGAAUACGAUUUUUUUGGAAGCCUCUCUGACAUUCGGGUGGACGAGAGAAGAGUCACCGGGAGGUUUAGUGUGUUUGUACAGGGCGAUAAAUAUACACCUUUAUUUUCAUACAAUCUACACAAGAGAGAAUUGACUUUGGAGGUCUACAUUUGCCUGGCGGUCCCCCUCUCUUCCAUCCCUCUUUUAUCCCUUUGUUUACUAGGCAGCCAUUGGUUCUGCUCCUAUGAGGGGACAUCUAAAGGGAUGGAGGGAAGGGGACGGGGCGCUGAUAGCAAAUUUCAAUGGAGCAUUAUUGAACCAGAGAUGUGAAAUGGUUCUCUUUCUGCCUCCUCUACAUAAUCAUUUUCAGUGUGAUUUCCCUGGCAGUGGUUGAGUAGAAAUUACAUUUACAAGCUUUGUGAUGUACAGUGUAAAGUUUCCUUUUUUUUAUGAUUUCAUAAUUAUUGAAACUGGAUGGAUAGGAAAUAUAAUAUGCUAGUUAUGUAAUGUUUCCUCUUUGGCUGAUUAUAGAAGUGAUGUAAAUUAUGCUAUUUACCAAUAUGCUUUCAUUCAAUGGACAGCCUUCAUGGUACAUACUUCCCAAUCAACAUACCAUUGAUUUAUUACUUUUAUAUGUCAAGAAAUCAGAGAAUCCUUAUGUUUCCAAUCA